AUGACCAGGCUUCUGUGCUGCAGCCUUGUCCGUGCUAAUCCGAAAGAAGUUAUCGACCAGCCCAUCAUGUCGAAGCCCUACGAUUCCGCUCGGGUGCACCCGCGUCGCCGGCCUGCUUUAAACGCAGAGCUUUCCUCCCUGGUCACCGAAUCAGUGGAUUCUAAGAUGGGGCUAAAGAAGGGAGAGACCUUUCAUACACCGACUUCUCCUCCUUCUGAUGAGCGGGACCCAGUUCUAAAUAUUCGGUCAUUGCCUCGUCGCUGCCCAACUUCGCUGGAAGCUAUUGCUGCUAGCGAAGAACGCAUGACGUCGAUUCUGAACAGGCUGACUUUGGAUUCUCCAGAGGACAGCGUGAAAGAGCCAUCAAAAUCUGCUGGUGUCAUUCCUAUGCAAGAGGAUGUUUCAAAGGAUCCCUCUGGUCUAUCACGCCGUUCCUCUACUAGCGAGGACUUGAAAAAGAAUGAGGAGCAUGGGCAUGAAUCAGACAGCGGACUGGGAUCAUCCGUUAGUAGUAAUGAGGAGUCAGGCGAUGCAACAGUCGAUACCCCGCAGUCGCCAAUCACAAGCCCAUCCUCAGCUUUCGAUAUUGGCACCGCCCCUAAGCGCCAACUCUCCGUGAUAGCUUGCAAACAAAUCGAACGCUACAUACUCGUUCCUAUUCUUAAAGAUCCGAAGCUAAAACCUUUCCAUCCGUUGGUGAAGUCAAUUCCUCCACGGAUCCUGAAUCGACACAUUGUAUGCCUUCGAGACGUGGAAAAGUCACUAUUGUGGCUCGCACCUAAGUUCUCAAGUUCUCGAUUUGCAUACCUCAACUUCGCCGAGUUUACAAUCCAGUGCUUGCAUACAUCUGCUGCUCAUCUGAACGACCGAGAUCAACGACUACCGACUGAUCGCCCAUACACUAACGGAUACUUCCUCGAUCUUGUUUCCCAGGUUCGACGUUACGCAGCUAUGAUUCGUGCCUCCCGAGAGCGAGUCGAACAGGCCCAGGCCGAGGCCCCGUCCGAGAAGAAGGACGAAGUAUCUCUUGUAGUCAGUGCUUCCCUCGAGGGUGGUCUCUCCAAGAAUGGUAAACCCGCGGAGCUUGUCGUGAUGCAGGAUGGAAAGCCCAUCUCCAUGCGUACUGGUUUGCCAUUUGUUCCCGAGGACAAUCUUGCUACCUUCAAACGCACAAUCAGCUUUGACGAAAAAGUGGACGAAGGUGUGCAACGAUCGAUGGCUCGACGCAAGAAGAAUGCUCCCCCGAUGGACAUCAAUCAGAAGUGCAGCCAUUGCGACAAGGUGUUCAAGCGCCCCUGCGACUUGACGAAGCAUGAAAAAACCCACUCCCGUCCUUGGAAGUGUUCCGAUUCUACCUGCAAGUACUUUGAGGUCGGCUGGCCGACCGAGAAGGAACGUGAUCGCCAUGUCAACGACAAGCACUCCGAUACGCCAGCCCUUUACAAAUGCAAAUUCCAGCCUUGCACUUAUGCCUCCAAGCGCGAGAGCAACUGCAAGCAGCAUAUGGAGAAAGCCCACGGAUGGGUUUAUGUUCGAUCCAAGAACAACGCCCGCGGAGACAGCAAACGUGCUGGGUCUUCCAACCAACGUACUCCUAGCGUGUCUACACCAAGCACACAAUCAGUUGAUUUCGCUACUCCUGUCACUGGACCCAGCCCCUCUCCUGGCCCGCGUCCGUCAUUUUUCCCGGAUGCUGCUCCAUUCAACUUCAACGAUCCACCGGUCCCCUCCGGUGAUCAAUACCUCCAAUUGUUCGAGAAUUCCCCCUACGCCACGUCGUCGGGUGGUAUGAACACCGAUUUCAGCUUCCCUACUUCUGCCAACCUCGACUCGUUCCAAAACCAAUUCGAGUCGGGGGAUCCGAACGGUCUGAUUUCCUCCCUGGAAAUGCAUCGCGAGUCGAUGAACUCCAUGUCGGUCCCCUCGGUGGAGUCAAUCCCUGAUCUUAUGACCAUGUCAAAUUACGAUGACUCUCCGAUGGCUAACAGCAGCCUGAACUUCGAUUUUGACUGGGCCCAGAUGGAAUUCCCGGAUGUGAACACCGACUACACUGCCCUCAACGUGCAACUGCCCGAGAAUGAUUACAAGGGAUAUUCGGGACAGAUGGCAACAGACCCAUCCCACCUUUCCAUGACUGCCCCCGGCAAAAUGGCGGGUCUUUCUCCCAAUGCGCAGGGUAACCCUAUGCUGUACUCGCCUCCCUCGGAUCAUUACGAGUACGGCCGGCACCACAAUGGGAAUGACUUCAUGCUCUACGGUGAGCAGGCUGGUAUGAACAUGGCUCAGAUGAUCCCUUCCAUGACUCAACACCAAGCUACUCGCCAGUACGGCCAGUCUACUCAGAUGUUCCCCCCUCUUAGUGAUCAAGAGACUGCUCUCCAGGGCAUGCAGCCCUGGGCUGCUGAGCCUCGUCAAGGAGGCAACUCGGACUCCUACACCUCUCGCGACGUGGAACUUGAGUUCAUGAAGUAG